UUGAUUGUUUUGUUUUUCUUUAGAAGUUUAAUCUGAUAUAGGCUAUGCAUUAAAUGACGGCAAUACUACAAAGUAACAUACUUGGUAACUCGUAAGCUGGCACGAGGUGUGUAAAACAGAACACUCGUGUUUAACGUAUGUCGUUUUCCGGCCACUCGAGGUUAAAGUAAGUUACAUCCAUUAAGUUAAUGGUUUUCUGUAUACAUGUUUGUACUGUAGUACACCCCUUACUCAGGAAUGGCCAGAGCAAAUAAUGGUAACUACCAAGAAGUAAAGAACUCGGUGAAUGCUGUUGUUCGUAUCUUUAAAGAGGGAGAGGAAAAUUCAGCCAAUUUUUUAGGAUCAGGAUUUUUUUUUAACCAUACUUGUCAUUUACUUAUCAUUACAAAUAGCCAUGUUCUUCAAGGUGGAGGAAAUAUAUUUGAUAUUCAUUUAUGGGAUGGAUGUAUAUGCAAAACCACACGAUGUGAUAAGGGAUAUGAAAGAGAUUUUGCUGUUCUUAGAAUUAUUGGUGAUUAUAAAAACCUUAAUAAGACCGAUCUUGCCAUAGCUGAUAAGAAUUAUGAAGUGGAAUAUCUUGACUGGCUAUUUGCAAUUGGUGCCCCUGGGAAGUUUCCCAACUCUAUUAGUUGUGUAACUGUGAUGAAUGCAAAGCAGACAGGAAAGUAUGUGGAACCCAAUCACAGAAAUGCAUCACGGAACACCUAUAUUCAAUACGCAGGUUCCACCUGGGAAGGUAGUUCUGGAGGUCCAUUGGUCAACCAUUAUGGUAAAGUUGUUGGAGUUGUUUCAUGCGUGUUUCAAUGUUCAUUUGGUUUUGCCAUCCCACACACUGAGUUACUCAAGUUUUUAGAGCAAGACAUAUUUUACGAAAACUCAACUUAUUUUAGUUCCACAACUGCAAAAAGACAACUUUCUUCUGUUGGGGUUAAAACUAAUGACAAUUUAGAAGUUGUGAAAGUUGAACCUGGCUGUGGAGCAGAUAUAAAAGGCGUGAGAGUUGGUUAUAAGCUUGAUCAAAUUAAUGAUCAGAAAAUCUCUACCCCAUACACAAUGUUAGAGAUAAGGAAUCCCUCUUUUUUUGAAUUUUCAAAACUAGAAGAAAGUGAAACGGUUUCUUUGCGGUUACAUUCUGAAUUUCUUGGUGAUGAAUCAAUUGAAAAUGAUCAGUCAUAUUUGGAUAGUAAUGUGAAAGAGAGCUUCUCUAAAUAGCUUUCUGUGGUAAAAACAUUACUUGGCAUCAUAUAAACAUUAUUCAAUAACUGCUAAAUUUAUUCUGCAUUCGAUAAAUUAAACAUUUUGCGAAGUAGAGCCUAUAAUUAUUAUUAUUUAGUAUAAGCAUUUCACUGUGGCCUCUAAACCAAGAAUUAAAUACAACACCUAUUUAACAAUGAAGCUUCACACUAUUUUGUAUUUAAGAAUUUUUUACUUUAUACCGGGGGUUCCCAAACUGCAGCCCGCAGGAGCAAAAUAAAUGGCCCUGAAAGGAUUUCAAAAUUACUGAUUGCAUACGUUCACAGAUGAACAUAUUACUUUUAAAAAUCGUCUAAAAUUGUUUUAUUGAUUUCUGUAAUAAUUGUCUUUGUUACGUCACAAAAA